AUGUAUAGAGAAAUGUAUUAUGAAGGAGGAGUUCAUAGUGUAUACUGUUGGGAUAUUAAUGACGGAUUUGCUGUUUGUGUUUUAAUGAAGAAAACAGCUGAUCAAAGUAAGAAAGGAAAUCCAAUGAAAGGAACAUGGGAUUCAAUUAAUGUCAUUGAAGUUAUUCCAAAAGGAACAUCAAAAGCAGAAUAUAGACUUACAUCAACAGUAAUUCUUUAUAUGGAAACUGACUGUGAAGCAACAGGUAAAGUUGCAUUUGCAGGAUCUCUUACUAGACAAAACGAAAAGGUAUUAUCUACUACUCAGAAAGAUUCUCAUAUUAUUAACAUCGGUACAUUUGUUGAAGAAACAGAAAGCAGAAUGAGACAAAUUCUUGAUGCUAUUUAUUUCAGCAAGAGUAAAGAAAUUACUAAUAAUUGCAGAUGCCAAAUUGGAGUUUCAGAACAAAAUAAGAGAACUUUGAUGACUAAACAAAUUAAUACUCAACUUAGAGGAAGACACGAUGAUGAUUAA